AUGGCCCAAACUGGCAGUGGAAGCGCUUCUGUAACGAUAGAUCCUACGGACUUGCCCAGUACACCAACACCAGAACCCUUGACACCUGAAACACCGCAACCUGUGACGCCGGUGACUCCAACACCCCAGCCAUUGACACCAGAGCCUUCGAAUACAGAAACGACUCCUCCAGCAACAACAUCGCCAGCCACCACCAGCUCGCCGACACCAACAUCUGUGACUCCCUCACCUCCUACCGCAACGACGAAUACUCCAACGACCAAUACGCCCACGACUACUCCUUCACCGCCCGAAGCAACUACUCAGACACCGACAUCGGCUCCGGAUCCUGCAGCCAGCUCAUCUGCCAGCAGUUCAGGGUCCGAUGUCAACAAUUCUACCAAAUCUUCGAGCUCUUUGGGUCUCGCGGAAAUCAUCGGCAUCGCGAUAGGCUGCGGAGUCCUGAUGGUCUUGCUGAUCGUAUUCUUCAUCGUACAGCGUCGACGACACAGGAACCGAACCAGUGAGGUGGAUGACAUCUUCCAGUUGCCUAUCGUUAGUAAAAGCACUCGAUUACUGGACCCUGCAGACAUGGAGCACAGAGACACAAGCAGGUCUACAGGAGGGUCCAUGCCUGAAGUGCGUCAAUACAGAGUUGCGCUCUCUGACGACCCCGUGAUCCUAGCGUCUCGGGUCUCGACUGACGGCAUCGAGUUGGGAGCCAUAAUCGGUCGUGGCGCCUUUGGAGAAGUCUAUCGGGGACGCUAUCGAGGUCAAGACGUGGCCGUUAAGACGCUGGUUCCGGAGAAACGCAAGGAUAUGGAGUACAUCGAGGCAUUGCUGUCUGAAGUGAAACUUAUGGCCACGAUGGAACAUCCUAACAUCGUGCAGUUUAUCGGUGUUGCGUGGGAGUCACUGAGCGAUUUGUACUGCCUCAUCGAGUUUAUGGCUGGUGGGGAUCUGCGUACCCUUCUGAAGGAAUAUCACGCCAGUGGCAUACCUCAAGGCAUGGACGCCAGCAAAACGCAAAUUGCAUACGGAGUGGCGCACGCACUGACAUAUUUGCACUCGCUCGAGCCUGUAGUUUUGCAUCGAGAUCUCAAAUCGCGAAAUAUUUUAUUGACGGAGUCGCUGUCUGCCAAGAUCACGGACUUUGGUGCGUCACGAGCUCGAUCGGAUGCAACAAUGACCUCGAAUGUGGGGAGUUCGCUGUGGAUGGCGCCGGAGGUUAUGAUGGGCGAGAGAUACGACGAGAAGGCUGACAUCUUCUCUCUUGGUGUGGUCAUUUCGGAGCUGGACACACAGGAACUGCCGUACGCACAUGCUAAGGAAGGCAAUAGCAGGACGGGAUACCCACUUUCGGAUACGGCUGUGCUGCAGAUGGUGUCGAUGGGCAAACUACGCGUCCAUCUGUCGCCGGCGAUGCAUCCGGAUAUGGUUCAGUCUGUCUACCGAUGCGUGAGUGUGGAUCCACAGGAACGUCCUACUGCUGCUGAGGUGCUCUAUUACUUCCAGGUGAUGACUCGAAACCGGCAAUUUUAA